AUGGCGAGAGAGCUUGAUGAAAGCGAUCUGGGACGGCUGGACAAUAACAGGGAGUGUGCUUCCGACACAAACUCGGACCUCUACAGCGAGCUCAGCAGCGCUGACCGGCACGAAGGCAGCAGCUCGGAUGACCCGGGAGGAGUCCAGCGGGAGCUGAGUUAUAAAGGGGAGAGCAAGCGCGAUGCUCUGUCCAUUUUGCUCAGGCUGGCGGAUGCAUUGGAGGACAAUGGAGGGAAUGAGGGCGGCCAGGAUGACUACUACGAUGACGCAAUGGAUAGCCAAUUGCUCACAUCGAGAGGGAAGGAGGUGAACUAUGACCUGCUGGACACGUAUCCUGGGGGCCCCUACAAAGCCAGGGGGGGCUACAUUAAGCGGACGCGGUUUGCGGCGGAGGAGGAGGAAGAGGAUGAGGAGAACGAGGAGGGACAGGUGUACAUGGCGGAGCCGUACAGUUCGGAGGAGGACAGGUUGGAGUCCCGGGUCGGCAUGAAGGGUGCCAGCUCAGCUGCAGCCGUCCUGCCGGACGAGGUGCCGGCAGGCAACACCACCUUCAGGCGGUACCGGCAGCAGACGCGGAUAAACUGGGUGGGGUCAGGGGUGAUGUUGAUCUACUGCAUAGCGCUGGUGUUCUACCUGUGGGUGCGCAUCACCAAGACGCUGGACCUGGGGCGUUACCUGCCCUACGGCAUCUUUGUGCUCAUCGUCGAGAUCAUGGGCGCCACCACAACUCUGCUCUACGGGGAUUUCAACAACCCCGGCCUACCCAAGGUCAACAUGCCGUACCACAUCCGCGUGCUGGUGCCCUGCUACAAGGAGUCCUAUGACAUUGUGACUCGCUCCUUGGAGGCGGCCCUGAACGCACCGCUGCCGGCCGGCUGCCAGCGCACGAUCUACCUGUGCGAUGACGGCAAGAAUAAGCAGAAGCGCAAAUGGUGCCUGGGGAUGGCGCCGGAUGUGGUGUAUGUGAGCGGGCGCACGAGGGCCAAGGGGGAGAUGAACGGCAAAUCAGGCAACCUGAACAACUGCCUGCGACAGAUCUACCCCGAUGACUCGCCCAUCCCCUCCAACGAGAUCGUCUGCAUCUUUGAUGCCGAUCAGGUGGCCAACCCGGACUUCUUCCUGAAGAUGGUGCCGCUGCUGGACGGGGGCGACGACGUGGGCAUGGUGCUGUCGCCGCAGAGCUUCCACAAUCUGCGCAAGCAUGCCGACAUCUUCAACCACGCCAACGUCCAGUUCUGGGAGUACGCGCAGCACGGCUACGACGCUGUCAACUUCAUCUCCUGCACAGGAACCAACUUCUUGAUCCGCGCGGCAGCGUUCAAGCAGGCUGGCUGGUCGCCAGAGUUCACGCUCACAGAGGACUUUGCGCUGGGCAUGCUGCUGAAGAUGCACAAGUGGCACUGCCGUUACGUGGAGGAGUACCUGGCCGUUGGUGAGGCGCCCGAUGAAGUGCGAAACUGCUUCCAGCAGCGAUCCCGUUGGUGCAAGGGUCACUUCCAGAUCAUGUUCUCGAAGUACUGCCCACUGGCGCAGCGCAAGCUGAGCCUGUUCAUGAAGAUCAUGUACUGCUCGGGAGUGUGGUCGUAUGUGGUGGGAGCGCUGACCGCCCCCCUCUACAUCAUCAUCCCCCUGCUCACCAUCUGGGCUGGCAUGUUCCCCAUCGUGGUCUCCUGGUGGGCCGCAGUGGCACUGACGGUGUACAUGGCGAGUCAGACGCUGGUGCUGAACUACUCAAGGAAGCUUCGCGACAUUGAGCCACUCUGGUUUGCCAGCAUUGCCAACAACAUCCUCUGGUGGACCUUUGUCAAGGCCUGCGCCCGCACCGUCUAUGCCGGCAUCGGUCUGAAGGAGAUGAACUUCAAGACCACGAUCAAGGGGGCGGCGAGGAUCGGGCAGAUAGCGAUGGGAGAUCUGUGGGUGCAUGUGCUCUCCUUUGUGCUGCUGGUGGUGUCGCUGGGAGUGGGAGUGCACAAGCUCAUCAAUGGGCCGACUGUGAUCACCACGCUUGCCAUCUCGGUGGUGUGGAUUGUCUACGCGCUCAUCCCGCCCUUCCUCCUCAUCUGGUACACCUUCAUCGGCCGCGGCGGCACCCUCAAAUUCUGGUGCCGGGUGAUGUUCCUGCUGAGCUAUGCGGCGACGAUUCUGGCGCUGCUGCUGUUGUGGGCGGUGUACCCGCAGGACUACAACUACGGGCAGGCCGCGGGCAAGGGGCUACUCUUCUAUCCGGCCAACGCCGUCGGACAGCUGCCGGCAGACAACCCCAUCCCCUGGCGCAACGACAGCCUGCUCUACGAGAAGGCGCCCAAGUUUGGCUUCGAUGACCUUACAGGCGGCUGGAUGGUUGGCGGCAUUGCAGGCGACCUGAAGAUGACAAUGCCGACAGCGUUCACGGUGUCCAUGCUGGCAUGGGGCAUGCUGGCGUUCCCUGACGGCUACACCAAGGCGCAGCAGAUCGGCCCCGGCCUCGGCAACGUGCGCUGGGGCUCCGACUACCUGCUGAAGACCUUCAAGCCCGACCCCACCAAGGGCAACCUCAUCGUGUACCAGGUGGGCAAUCUGACACAGGACAUUAAGUACUGGGGCCCGCCAGAGAACAUGACAGCGGCAACCAUGAAGCGGCCGGCAUACAUUGUGCGCACCGCGGACGGAGCCUCUGACUUGGCCGGGUCGAUGGUUGGAGCUCUGGCAUCCACGGCGCUGGCGUGGCAGAGAUUUGGCAAUGACAGCGCGUACGUGGAGCGCCUCAUGAAGGGUGCAACCGCGCUGUACAAGGACGCCAAGAAGUUUGAGGGCUCCUACACGUCCAAGUUCAAGUACUCGUGCACGUCCAAGUGGGCCAAGGCGCGCGCGACGUCCAAGACACCCAUCCCCACAUGCGUGCCGCCGACAUCCUACGGCAACGGAUCCGCGCUCGUGUUUUACAACAGCACCUCGUACCGCGACGACCUCCUCUGGGCCGCCGCCUGGAUGUACAAGGCCACCGGCCAGAAGGCGUACCUGGACGACGUGAACUACUACUACAGCGCGCACGUGAAUCAGGAGGGCCCAACAGACGUGGACCUGGUCACCGACUGGGACCACAUGUUCUGGGCUGCCAACGUUCUGCUGGCCGAGGCCACAGAUGAGGGCGCCUUCCACAUGGCCACCCAGGGGAUGCUGAAGCAGUGGAUCUGCGCGACGACUGGCAAGGUGCUCUUCACGCCCAAGGGCCGCGCGUACAACCGGGUCGCGCCCUCGCUCGGAUCCACGGCCAACACGGCGCUGCUCAGCCUCAUCUAUGGCCAGAUGACCACUGCCAAGGUCGCCCAGGCCAAGAAGGACCGCUACACCUGCUUCGCGCGCUCCCAGAUGCGGUACAUGCUGGGAGACUCGGGGCGGUCGCUGAUUGCCGGCUGGGGCAAGAACCCGCCGACCCACAUUCAGAACCGCGCCGCUUCCUGCCCAAGCCCCCCUGAGCCCUGCACACCGGAGAACUCGCUGCUGAACCGGUGGGGGAACCCGCAUGUGCUGACGGGGGCGCUGGUGGAGUUCAGCAGCUUCAGCGACAGCCUGUCAGACAACCGCGCGAGCAACGACACGCGCGUCAGCAUCGACAACAACGCUGGCGCUAUCUCUGCUCUGGCUGGCCUCAACCAGGCCACCGGCUCCUGGGACCAGUGCCUCCAAGGGUUUGGAGUGCUGACGCACGACAAGGCGGUGUGCGACAGUGCAGUCAUGUAGGCACCUGCAGAGCGCAUGCUUCCUUUUAAGAGGAGCUUGUCAUGCAACAGUGGCCUUAAGGCAUGGGGCAUUGCUCGAUGACCAGGCAGCUUGCUGCUUUGUGAGCAGAGUGGGCUGGCUAAGAGUUUGGGACGUUGUCUCAGAAUUCAUCAGCUGUGCACGCCGAGCAGCAUUUGGAGAGGUGGCAGCCUGCUGAGGUGGCAUAGCAUGUGGAGGAUUGGAGGGCGGGAGCUGAGCUGGCCACUGAGGAAGCCGAGGAAUGUUGUACUUCAUUAUUCUUGGGUUCUGGGCGUCGGUGCACUUGAGACUUGAUUGCCGAGCACAACGAUGCUCUGUGUACCUAAGGUGGGCUAAGGACAAGGAAGGCUAGAGGAAGUUCCCCCUCAGUUUCAGACAGCGUAGGACUGUAUUUCCAGUUUGCUUCAAGUUCAGACUAGGGUAGAUGCACAACGGCUGAGCUCAUUGGCAGCCUGAUGAGAGGUAUCAGCAAGGAAUGAAGCACGAAAGUUUACUGAACUUUCAAAGAUGUUAGGCUCUCUCCCAGGCAGUAGGGUGGGCAAGUGUUCAGGAAGGCAGUGUAUCGAGAGAGGGAGAUGAAUUAUCUAUUUAGCAGCAGCAAUUCGGCUGUUGUCUGUCAUGGGGCGUCUCUACCACAUUUUGGUGAGUCAGCUUCGUGCAGCGACAGGCAGCAAAGGAAUGAGCCAAAGGUUUUGGGCACGCCAGAAACAAGAGCAGCGCUGCCCGCAUCAGAAUUCCUCAUGUUUUUCCUUUGUCAUCCGGUCAUAGUGGGCCAUCCAUUUGCCAUGAAGGUAUUUAUGAUCAGGUCCUGUGAGCUGUCGCUGUUCUCAGCGAGCUCCGCCAAAUCCUGUGUCUGGGGGUGAAGUGGUGCACCCUGCAUAAUUUGGCAGUAUUAAUAUUAUAACCUGUUCACCGUCCCUGUUGAACGAACUGGACGAGGGAAAAAAUGUCACUCUUAGAAUUGGUGUGCGCACAUAUCCACGAGCGAGAUUUUUGACGUACAGUGCGCCGCACACCGGUGCAGUCCCAAGUAGCCCCUGUGACACAAUGCCCCACAUAGUCUAGGCUCUGAUGCCCUGUCAAGUUUUGUCGGUGAGGAUCUGAACACAUUUGCAGAGUGUCAAAGGACUUGUCAUCUUCCCAGCCCUUGAACACAAAGCCCAAAGGCUCCCAACCUUGGGGUCCUUCAUUGCCGAGCAUUGCUGUGCAUACAGCUGACCGGGCCUCCAGUCAUCAGGGUCUCACCAUCAGCUAGGUAGUCCCACUGCAAUGCGGUAGAUCAGUGACAGGAGAUUAGCUCAGGGCCAAAGGGUGCUGUACACAUGUGGUCUUGAGGAACGAUGGCGAGGGAUGUCUUGAGGAUCUCCUAGCAGGCUCAAGGCAGCUUGAAGCUGCAGCCUCUGGCAUAUUUCUAUGAUGCUGUGAGGAGUUUCGUGACGGUCUAGCUUCUAGAUUUCCAGCAAUUGGAGUACAGUGGCAGGCGUUCAUCGUGUCUUGCUUACCGCUAAAUUUCAUUGAGGAUGUAAACCUAUCAUGAUCAGGCAC